AUGUGUUGUUUUCUCAUUUUCUCUCACACUUUCUCUCUUUUUUCCUCGUCACUUUAUUCCCUAUAUGUUUCUUCCCUCUAUUUCCGUUCGGCUUCUUUUUCUAGCUAUCUUUUUUUCCCCUCUCUUACUCUUUUCUUUCUCUCGUACUCUUUUCGCUUUCGUUCUUUCUCGCUUUCUCCUUCUCAUUCUCUUUCACUUGCUCUCUCUCUCUCUCUCACACACACACUUUCUCUUUUUUUUGGUGUUUUUCUCUCAUUCAUGCUUUCUGUCUUUUUCACUUUCAUUCAUUUUAUCUUUAUUGUUCUUUCUCUUUUUUUCUCUCUUCUCUCUCCGUAUCUCUCUUUAUAUAUUUCUCUUCUCCUCUCUGUCUUUUUAUUUCUGCUCGAUUUCGCUCCCUUUCUUUCUCUCUCCCCUCCCUCUCUCUCCCUCUCUCUCUUUCUUUCUUUCUUUUUACUUAACUAUCUGUGGCUGUCUGUCUUUUUCUCUCUUUCCUUCUUUCUAUAUUUCUCUCUCUCUCUCUCUCUCUCUCUCUCUCUCUCUCUCUCUCUGUUGGGUCUCUUAUUGUCUCUGUCUUUCUUUCUCUUUUCUAGCUUCUGUAUUUCUCCCUAUAUAUUUUUCUCCCGCUCUUUUUCUUUAUCCCUAUUUUUCAUUCUUUCUUUCUCUCUUUCUUUCACCGACUCUCUCUCUUUUUCUAUCUAUCUAUCUAUCUAUCUAUCUAUCUAUCUAUCUAUCUAUCUAUAUCUAUCUCUCAUUAUUCAUUUCUUUCUUGUUUUCUCUGUAAUUCUCAGUCUCUGUCGCUUUUUUCUCUUUCUCUUUCUUUUCUCUUUUUAUCCUUCUCGCUUUCAUUAUCUUUCCUCUCUUUUCUGUGUCCUUCUGCAUUUACUCUCACGAUAUUGCUCUCACUUUCUCUCAUUCCCUUUUCUUCAUUCUCUGAUUUCCCUUCUCUCUCUUCGGAUCUAA